GUUAUGUGGUAAAGAAAGUAAUUACUCUAAUUAAAAUCCGAAUAGUACACAGUUUUAAAUGUUAAGAACAAAUCCCUUUCAGAUUUAUUUUGUUAACACACAGGUAGUUUAUUGUGAACUCUCUUGGCCUCUGGACCUCAUUUUGCAUAACAGCAAAGCAGAAAACAAUGUGGCAUUUGAAAAAACAUAAAGCACAACUAAGAAUUUCUAAAAAUGUGAAGUUUUUGCUCGUACAUAAAGUAAUUUUGUCUGAAUCGUUUGAUAUACAGAAAUGUCACCUUCUGUAGCAUAUUUAUGUAUACACCUGAAAUAUUGAUAGGGAUUACUCUGUGAGACUCUCCUGCCCCUUGAAUACCAGUUUAGCCAUCCCAUUUAUUUAAGAAUAUUUAAGAAUAUAUUAAGUUGUAUUACAUGGCACCUUUCUAAAACUUUCAUUAAGGAUGCAGCUUUAUCUGUUGUCCAAUACGGUAUAAUUUAUUAAGCACUCCUACGUGAAAAGGAGAUAGAUGCCUUAUAAAACGGACAGGUUUUUGUUGAUUUACUUAGAAUCUUAUGUUUGAAGAGAAAAUGCACAUAUGUAUUUCUAAGAAAUAUAUUGAGUGACAGCAUCUGACUUUAUGUUCCAUACUAUCAAAUGAUCUUAAAUAUAGGAUAAGUCAUUUGAAAUGAAAUAGAUUGAGCCCUUGUUUUCAAAACCACCAUGAAGCUAGCAUAAUUUUAUUAAUCACUAAUAAAAAGUCAAUUGUACAAUUACAAGUAAAUGAUAUGACAAGUAAUUUGCUAAAUGUUUAUAUGUGAUUGAUCUUAUUUUUACCAUAUUUAGGAAGCAGUCAUGUUUCAUGAGUCCUCAAAACUGAGACAAGAGAAUGUAGUAGAGUGAGGCCAGAAGUCCUUACUGGUUCAAAGAACUCCGGGGAAACUGGGAUAGAACAUUUUACAUUAUAAGUAGAACCCUGGGAGCCAGAGGUGAAUACAAGUUUAUCUGCAGAGCUCCGCUGCAGGGCUGAUCUGGGUCUGGAAGAAAUGGAUGAGAGCCAGUGGAUGAAAUUCACUAAUACUAGACAUCUGAGUCCUCUAGUAAUGUAUAAAUAUCCUAACUAUUGUUUGUUGUCAUCUCGUUCUUCUUUUAUAACCUAUGUUUUAACUGGAACUUUAGCACUGCAGUUUUGUUGUUUUGCUUUCUUCUACCACUUCCCUAUGGCUCGUCAGCUUGACUGUGCCUUCGUCUCCAUUAUUUUUUGGUUUACUUCCACUUGGCACUUCUUUUAUUUAUAGUUGUCACAUAAAGCAUCUAACCAUGGUUUUUCUUUGUUUUGCUUUCUUUUGUAAUGAGCUUUCCACACUUGGUUGAAAGGCAUAUUGUCAAUUGCAUUUUUUUUUUCUCAAAACAACUAACUUUGGGCUAAACAUAUUAAAAGUAUUUUAAAAGCCAUUUCUUUUGCAGAUAUUGGUGAAUGAGCUUUGCUAAGUAUGGAUUCAGGUGGUGGAAGUCUUGGAUUGCACACGCCAGACUCUAGAAUGGCCCAUACCAUGAUUAUGCAAGAUUUUGUGGCUGGAAUGGCUGGUACUGCACAUAUCGAUGGAGACCAUAUCGUUGUUUCAGUUCCUGAAGCUGUAUUAGUUUCUGAUGUUGUCACAGAUGAUGGGAUAACUCUUGAUCAUGGCCUUGCAGCUGAAGUUGUCCAUGGACCUGACAUCAUCACAGAGACUGAUGUAGUAACAGAAGGUGUGAUUGUUCCUGAAGCAGUACUUGAAGCUGAUGUUGCCAUUGAAGAGGAUUUAGAGGAAGAUGAUGGUGAUCACAUCUUGACUUCUGAACUAAUUACAGAAACCGUUAGGGUACCAGAGCAGGUUUUCGUGGCUGACCUUGUUACUGGUCCUAAUGGACACUUAGAACAUGUGGUCCAAGAUUGUGUUUCAGGAGUCGACUCUCCCACAAUGGUAUCAGAGGAGGUUCUUGUAACUAAUUCAGAUACAGAAACUGUGAUUCAAGCAGCUGGAGGUGUUCCUGGUUCUACAGUUACUAUAAAAACCGAAGAUGAUGAUGAUGAUGAUGUCAAGAGCACUUCUGAAGACUACUUAAUGAUAUCUUUGGAUGAUGUUGGAGAGAAAUUAGAGCAUAUGGGGAAUACACCAUUAAAAAUUGGCAGUGAUGGUUCACAAGAAGAUGUUAAAGAAGAUGGGUUUGGUUCAGAAGUAAUAAAAGUGUAUAUAUUUAAAGCGGAGGCUGAAGAUGAUGUUGAAAUAGGUGGAACAGAAAUUGUCACAGAGAGUGAAUACACCAGUGGACAUUCAGUAGCUGGAGUGCUUGACCAGAGCCGAAUGCAGCGGGAGAAGAUGGUUUACAUGGCAGUUAAAGAUUCUUCUCAAGAAGAAGAUGAUAUCAGUUGCGCUGAAAUAGCAGAUGAAGUUUACAUGGAAGUCAUUGUAGGGGAAGAGGAAGGAACUUCUCUCCCUGAGAUUCAGCUUGAGGACUCUGAUGUUAAUAAAACAGUUGUCCCUGUUGUCUGGGCUGCGGCAUAUGGAGAUGAAAGAAGAGUCUCCCGAAGAUAUGAAGAUUGUCAAACAUCAGGAAAUACUUUGGACUCAGCAUUAGAAAGCAGAAGUAGUACAGCAGCACAGUACCUUCAAAUUUGUGACAGCAUUAAUACAAAUAAAGUACUUAAACAAAAAGCCAAGAAGAGGAGAAGGGGAGAAACCAGGCAGUGGCAAACAGCUGUUAUAAUAGGUCCUGAUGGACAGCCCCUCACAGUGUACCCUUGCCAUAUUUGCACAAAAAAGUUUAAAUCCAGGGGAUUCUUAAAAAGACACAUGAAGAAUCAUCCUGAUCAUUUAAUGAGAAAAAAAUAUCAGUGUACAGAUUGUGACUUUACAACUAACAAGAAAGUGAGUUUCCAUAACCACUUAGAAAGCCAUAAGCUUAUAAACAAAGUCGACAAAACCCAUGAAUUUACAGAAUACACACGAAGAUACAGAGAGGCUAGUCCACUGAGUUCCAAUAAACUUAUUUUAAGAGACAAGGAGCCGAAGAUGCACAAGUGCAAAUACUGUGACUAUGAAACUGCAGAACAAGGACUGUUAAACAGACAUUUGUUGGCCGUUCACAGCAAGAAUUUUCCUCAUGUUUGUGUUGAGUGUGGGAAGGGUUUUCGACAUCCUUCUGAACUCAAGAAACAUAUGAGAACCCAUACUGGUGAGAAGCCAUAUCAGUGUCAGUAUUGUAUUUUCAGGUGUGCAGAUCAAUCAAAUCUGAAAACUCACAUUAAGUCUAAACAUGGUAACAAUUUGCCAUACAAAUGUGAGCAUUGUCCCCAAGCAUUUGGUGAUGAGAGGGAGCUUCAACGUCAUCUGGAUUUGUUUCAAGGACAUAAGACACACCAGUGUCCUCAUUGUGACCAUAAGAGCACCAAUUCAAGUGACCUUAAGCGGCACAUCAUAUCUGUUCAUACUAAGGAUUUUCCUCACAAAUGUGAGGUCUGUGAUAAAGGUUUCCAUCGUCCUUCUGAGCUCAAAAAGCAUAGUGAUAUCCAUAAGGGUAGGAAGAUUCAUCAGUGUAGGCACUGUGACUUUAAAACAUCCGAUCCAUUUAUUCUUAGUGGCCAUAUCCUUUCAGUUCAUACUAAAGAUCAGCCAUUGAAAUGUAAAAGGUGCAAGAGAGGAUUCAGACAACAAAAUGAGCUCAAAAAACAUAUGAAGACCCAUACUGGAAGGAAGAUUUACCAAUGUGAGUAUUGUGAAUACAGCACUACAGAUGCAUCUGGCUUUAAACGACAUGUGAUAUCGAUACAUACAAAAGACUAUCCACACAGGUGUGAAUUCUGCAAGAAGGGAUUCCGAAGACCAUCAGAAAAAAAUCAGCAUAUUAUGAGGCACCACAAAGAGGCUCUUAUGUAAUAAGAUCAAUAUAAAGAAAGAAGCUAUUUAGGAGAUAUGAUAUGCUACUUGGGAGAAAACUCUCACUAACUGUCUCACCAGGUUUCAAAGCUUGAUACUAAACCAUGACUUUACAUUCUUUGUGUUAAAGAUCUUAAAAUAUUUGAAUUCAGGGGGGAUCUCAUAGCCCUUUGAAAAUUACUUAAAGAAUUUAAGAAGCACUAUAGAAUGGUCACAGAAAAACUUCUUAAGUAUCUAUGUAAUAGUAUUAUAUGCAUACUUAAACUACAGAGGGGAAAAGCAAAGACAAAUACUUUAUUUGGCUGAUUAUGUUAGAUACAAAUGUUUCUGAAAAGAGAAUACAUAAUUGAGUUUAGCGAUGCUUUGCUAUAGCAAGCAAACCCACUUUUAUGCAAUUUUAGAAAUGGGGCGGGGAGACAAAAUGUGGUCAUUCAUCAGUCACUUAGUCAUUGAGCCUUUUAUAUUGUACCUGGAAAUUAAAUUCCAGAAACAACAAAAGUUUUGUGUAUUCAUUAAAAGAAAACUAACUGGAAAGCAGGUUAGAUUAAUUCAGUACUAUUAAAAAAGAAUUCAGAGCUGUUAAUAUUUUAUCACAGGAUAGGAUACUUAAAAUAUAGCAUUCUGUGCUGAGGUCUAAGGUGAAGUCUAUAAAGAUUAAAGUUCCCUUUUUUUCUGAUGUUCAAGUUGAUUGUUGUUCAGUAUGGCAUAUAUGACAAAAGUAUAUUUGAGUCAAACGUGGCUUUCGAAAAUGGAUGCAACAUUAGCGUUGCAAACAAAAUCAGCACUAUAUUUCUUAAUGAUCUAAAGAUUAAAUUGAGAGAACACAGUUUUCUUAAAUAUUAUAAUGUCUAGAGUUUUUUUAGGACAGUCUUAGCAAGUAUGAUUGUUCUAGUCUUACUUGCUCUAAUGUUUAAAGGUGCAAUUUUAUGCCAUUAUUGAAAUUGAUUUUUAAAAUCUAUAUACCAUAUUAUUAACAUGCAUUUUCAAUACGAGGCAGUGUUUAUGCAGUAUUUAAACAGAGCAAUAUGCUGCCAAUAGAGUUUGGAGGUGGAUAUUUAGUUUACAGUGUAUAAACUUAAAAUAUGCAUCCCUUUAACAACGCUUUGUGUUAGCAUGCUGCAAAUCAAAAUGGCACUUAAUGUUAAAAACUGGUUUAGGGAAAUUUUAUGAAAAUCCUGUUCAUAAAUGUAAUGCAUAUGAUAUGUACUUUUAAGUUUUAGUUGCUUCAUGUUUACAUUCAGCUGUUCAACAUAAUUAAAAUGUAAUUUUACUUCAUGCUAUAUUGUGGCUUUGUGUUUCAAAUAAUGUUCACCUUUCUGUUUUUGCACCAGAUAAGAAUCAGUUCCUUGAGAAUAAAUUUUUUAUCUUUCUUAACUUCAGAAUUUAAAUUUGGAAUAUCUACUAAAAUUCUGUGUUAUGUGGCUGUAAAUGAUGUACACGCUGUAAAAUAAGAUCGCUACUGUUAUGUGGGUUUAUUAUUUCUAAAUGUUACUCAUUGAAAUGAGCAUACAAUAAAAAGCAUUUAUUGCACUU